CCCCACACCGGAGGACGGCAAUCAGUUUCAUGAAUUCACAGGCAGACGAUCAGUGACUUUUUCUUGACUUUAUUGACAUUGGCUCCUUGUGGCUUGGGACGGUGUGAGAAUUGGUAUGCCAUCCAGCUCUGAAGUUCUGACUGGCGUCAUAGCAGAACGCAGCUCCGAGCAGUGGAAGGACAGCUAUCUAAUAAGGAUGUCGUCCAAACCCGCCACCUCUCCAUUCACCUGUAAGGCUGAUGGAGAGGAGGAGUUAUCCGGAGGGGACCUAUCUUCACGGGAUAAAGAGGAUUUGGAUGAGCAGCACCUUGGUGGCCUCCUGCCCCUCCACAGUCUCCUACACAGCAAACCUCACCCCGAGGAACUGACCUCACUUGUCAACAACAUGCAGGCGGACACUGACUGGGACAACAUGAUGUCCUCCCAGCAAAGAAUGGACCCGGACAGCAAUAAAUUACGUUCCCUCUAUUCCUUCCGAACGACAUCUACCUCACCACACAAGCCUGACGAAGGGGCUCGCGACCGCAGCGAUCUUAUGAGCAGUGUUAACUUUGGGACUCCAGAACGACGCAAAGGAAGCCUGGCGGAUGUGGUGGACACAUUGAAACAAAAGAAACUCGAAGAGAUGACCAGGACAGAACAGGAGGACCCCUCCUGUAUGGAGAAGCUUCUUUCUAAAGACUGGAAGGAGAAGAUGGAGCGAUUAAACACCAGUGAACUUCUCGGGGAGAUCAAAGAUCGCACGACAACAACAACAACUACUACAACAACAACACAAAAUCAACAUCCUGCAGCAACAGAUCCAGGUCCAGGGUCACAUGCCUCCUCUCAUGAUCCCCAUCUUCUCACACGACCAGCGGACGUUGGCAGCGGCGGCUGCGGCCCAGCAGGGAUUCCUCUUCCCCCCAGGACUAACCUACAAACCAGGUGAUAACUACCCCGUGCAGUUCAUUCCAUCCUCAAUGGCAGCCGCCGCCGCCUCUGGACUCAGCCCAUUACAGCUCCAGCAGAUCUAUGCCGCGCAGCUCGCCAGCAUGCAGGUGUCUCCAGGGGCCAAGAUGCCAUCCACGCCUCAGCCUCCAAACUCUACUGGAGCCCUGUCCCCCACUAUGAUGAAGAGCGAGAAGAGAGGGACCAGUCCGGUCACACAAAUUAAGGAUGAAGCAGCGCAGCCUCUGAAUCUAUCAGCGCGACCGAAGACGGCAGAGCCCGUAAAGUCACCUACGUCGCCGACUCAGAACCUCUUCCCACCCAGUAAGACCAGUCCUGUGAGUCUAUCGAACAAGAGCGGCAUCCCCAGCCCGAUCAGCGGAGCCCAGCGAGGAUCCUCCCUGGAUAUCCUCUCCAGUCUUAAUUCUCCUUCCCUCUUCGGAGACCAGGACACAGUCAUGAAAGCCAUACAAGAGGCUCGCAAGAUGAGGGAGCAGAUCCAGAGGGAGCAGCAGCACCAGCCCCACGGCCUGGACACCAAGCUGCCGCUCAACAACAUCGGCCUGAACAACUGCAGAGGGGACAAGAUGCUGCUAGAUGCCAUCUCAGGAAGGAUAUGCAUUAGGAGUGCGCACGCAGUGAGUCACCAUCAUCUCUAUUAUAAUUACUUUUCUCUAUGUGUUUUUGACAUCCCUGGAGCUAUCACCACAGAACCGGUGUCUAAGCUGCCAUUUUUGAUCAUUGGUUGGAAGGAAGAUGGCUUGCAGCCCACCCCAUGUUACAUCUUGUGA